AUGGCCCUGCAAAGCAUUAGCUCACCCCCCAGCAACGGGGAUCUAGAAGUCGAGGUGAAAAGUGCAAGGAUGACAGCUACCGAAAUAAUCAAUAGCCACCGCAUAAGAGAAAGCCUAUCUCCGUUGUUCAGCGAGAACACACUCGCGAAAAUCAUCGGUGCCGCUGAGUUAUUCUUGGAUCAAAAUGAUCCUCCAAUUCAGUUUCCAGAGACAGUUCCCCAAGCCGGCCCAACUCGGGGAGAGUACCAAUGCAGGGAUGCGGAGUUCUGGACAUGUGGUUUCUUCCCUGGUAGUCUCUACUGCCUUCUCGAACGACUUCGAAAGUACCCGGGAACGACAAUUUCCAAUAUCUCAAAUACCUCGAGCGAUCCAAAAGCCUUUCAACGCAGCCUUAUUUCCCACCUGACUAAUCUCUGCCGAACAUGGUCCGCACCAUUGUAUCCGAUGUCUGCUCGGACAGACACGCAUGAUCUUGGAUUCAUUGUCCAACCUGCGCUCCGGAGGGAUUGGGAACUGUUUGGCAAUCAAGAGAGCUUGAAUGUGUUGCUACAUGCUGCCGAUAGUCUCGCUAGCAGAUAUGAUGAGAAGAUUGGGGCUAUUCGGAGCUGGGACAGUUUCACAAAUGCGCAUCACAACUUCGUGAGCCUGGAAGAUGACUUUCUGGUGAUUAUUGAUAAUCUCGAUCUUCUAUUCUACGCAGGCAACUAUACGCGGAACCCUCAUCUUAUUUCUAUCGCGACAACGCACGCUACCACUCUCCUGACAUCGCAUCUUCGGAAAGAGCCAAUUUCAAGCAACGCGAGCCUUUACUCAACAUACCAUGGUGUCAAUUUUUCUCCACAAAAAGGAACAGUCAAAAGGAAGUUCACGGCGCAAGGAUACGCCGACGAGUCAACCUGGGCACGUGGUCAAGCGUGGGCGAUCCUAGGUUAUGCGCAGACUUAUUCCUGGACUAAAAAGCAGGAAUUCUUAGACGCUGCAAAGGGUCUAGCGGACUAUUUCAUCUAUCGCUUGGAGACUGCCCCCAAGAUUGUCGAAGAGGGAGGCUGCGGGCGUCAUGUUCCGCUCUGGGAUUUCGAUGCCCCGAUCACAUACACCACUGUUAACGGGACGCAGGCUCCAUUAAGAGAUGUUUCUGCUGGGAUGGCUGCUGCGAACGGCAUGGUUAUCCUGUAUGGACAGCUUCUAUGGAUUGGGGAGCAUGAGACUGCGAGGCGAUACCUGGAGUAUGCGAUGGCCAUUGUGAAGGAUACUAUCGCACUGGCGUAUAAUCGUGACAGUCUGUCUUUGAAACUCGACGAAAAGAGCUUGAAGGUUGGAGUCGAGAAAGUUGAAGGCGCAGAUAGGCGCCGAUUUGAUGCGAUCUUGGAAAGAUCAACUGCUAAUUUCAAUGGGGAUCAUGCGGACCGAGCUUGGGAUCAUGGGCUUGUUUAUGCGGACUACUACUUUUUGGAGUUUGGGAACAGAUUGCUAGACAUAGGUUUGAUUUGA